GUGACGGCAUGGCACUGAAAAGAUUCUGGGUCCGGUUCCGGUGUACCGCUUUCAGAGCCGUUAUCCUUUUAUUCUUGGCGGGUUAUAUGCUGGUGACAUGCUAUAGUAGUUAUUUUUUAAUCAGAAGAAAGUAUGGUGAUAAUGACAAAUCAAUCAAGGUGGUGGAGAAGCAUAAUUCUUAUAUCGAAGAUGACAACGAAGAGUGGAAUCCAUGGGGUCAGGAGUUGGAAAACAAUCAGAAUGCCAUCCCUUUUGAAAAGGCGAUGUUAAAAUGGAAAGCGCCGAAGAUAAAACUUCAUGAUGUUGAAAUCUGGGGAAAAGCAGCUUUAGGUAACUACUUAUGGGAGCACAUCUUGAAUAGCACCUUAAAGGAUCAAAUGGGUGGCAUUUGGCGUUAUGGGGAAACGCAAUACAGAAAUUUCAAAUUCAGGUUCAGAACCGGCCCUGGAGUGAUUCAAUCGAAUGUGCCAUGGAACGUUGAGAAUCUGGUGCUAGCGCUAAACGGACGAACAAAAGACAAGAUUACUUACGCAAAGUCGUGGUUGGACUACUUGCCGAAUUAUAAACAUCUUCGUCACGUGGCGGUCGUUCUGCUCGGCGAUGAAAAGUGCAAUAAUGAUUGGUUCAUGCCAUAUUUGGUGAAAAAUGGUGGACGUGUUGAUGUGGCAUUCAUCAUCUAUGACAUUCCAGAGGCCGAUAAUGACAAUAUUUACCAAUGGCCGCUCGGGGUUGCUACGUAUAGAGAUUUCCCAAACUUCCAGCCGCACCAGAUCAACUAUAAAGCGACACGGCCUUACAUUUGCAAUUACGUUGCGACAGUUUACAAAAAUACUUCUCGGGAGGUUUUGAUGAAUAUGAUGACGAAAAACCAGCUACAUCAUAAGUGUUAUAUCAAACCCAGAUUAAAAUGGGCCGCUGGUGAGACAGAUGAAACCCGUAAUUCCUAUAUCAAGGGACUCAUUGAAAGUGACCUGACAUUGAACCCUGCUGGGGACAACACGGAAUGCUACAGAAUGUACGAGGCCAUGUCCGUCGGCUCGAUGCCUGUUAUCGAAGACAUCAUGACGAAGGGACGUUGCGGCAACUCGUCAGUCUCCCAUGAUGCACCUGUACACUUGCUCAAAGAAUUUGGCGCACCAGUGAUCUUCAUCAAAGACUGGACAGAGUUGUACGAUAUUUUUAAAACGGAAGGUUUGUUUAGUUCGAAAGGAAAGAUAGAGAGGAGGCACAAGAUUCUGGAAUGGUAUGAUCUUUUCAAGCGCAAGAUGCGUGGAAGGUUUUUAGAUGCUUUGGAACAAAAGUUUUUAAGAUGAUUUGUGUAUGGCACUUGCUAGUACUUAUUGAACUAUUUUUUGUUGAUUUUUUUGUAUCGAAACUUUUUGAUGUGAGCAAUCGAUUCUAAGUCAAUUGAAAGUGAUCUGCAGAGCUUUUGUGUUCAAAAGCGCUUUGCACCGAGGCCAAAAAUACCUCAGAAAGUACAGCAUGAUAGCCAAAAUGACAUUAGGACCAGACAAAUUUGAUGUAAUAUUUUUGUUUCACAAUGCCGAUUUAUCUGAGAUCCAGGUAACCCGUGAUUGUUUUGUCACGAGUGUGGAGAGCUUCUCUAAGCUGUUUGCUAAGAGCAAAAAAGUGGUCGGUUUUUUCAUCAGAUCAGUCUAUUUCAGUUCAGGUAACAGAUAACAGGUGGCACUGCAGUGAGUUGAAAUUUUGUCUUUUGUCUCGUGGUUUGAACAUUUUACUACAAUAAUCUCAGAAAACUAUUUUUUUUUAUUGAAUGCAUUGUCUGGACAUUGUCUCAACAUAUCAGUGAUUGUGCAAUAUUUACACCAAUGUAACCAUGCUCUUAUUGAGAGAACGUUAUUUUGUAUGUUUAUGAGAAAUUAAUAAAAAAAUUGUUGUUACAAAAUAUUUUUGUCUCUGUCUGUA